AAGACCGAUUGUCGCUGAUGUAAACACUCUAAUCAUGUUGUCGACUCCUCUAACGUAGUUCUAGGAGCGAGUGUUACGUGACAUAUCCCAAUGGAGCACUCGAGUAUUCGGUGAUGCCCGAGAUCUGACGGGAUACAUCGACGUCAGAGUGACUUGUCGAUGUCGAAUUCUCCCAAAAGCAUCACGAGUUGUCGAUGACGGCCAUAGGAUCAGGCCGGCACAAUGAGGAAGUACACGCAACUCGGACUGGUGGUCGUUUGUGUGGUGUCGGUGAUGGGGCUCUUGAUCAUGGAGCGACAGUAUUCCAACAUGAAGGUGUUCCUCGAGGUCACGGAUAUAUUCCAAACCUCUGAGUCUAACGCCAAGUGCGUCCGUCAGCUAGAAUCCCUGCGAGCCACGCUCGAAGGCGAAUACCUGGACACGAUCCACAAAGUCGAUCCUAGCUGGGAUCAGAUUGGGAUGUCCACUUUUUUGUAUUCAUCAUUCUAUGCUCCCGCGAGCCAAUUAGUCACAAUUUUAUUGGUUUCGGAUGUAAGACCGAAAACGUGUCGGUUAUGGCUCGACCCAGACACGUCGCAGACCGUCGAAGCUUCGGUCGAAGUCCUCGCGAGUUCGAGUAGUUUUUCUGCUCUCGCGGUCGGAUGCAUCAAUCCGAACAAUUCCACGAGGCCUCAGGCCGUUGAGAUAUUCGGCUCAAUCGUACCCAUCGAGGAGCAGCUCGUGCACGAUCCGCACCAUGUCGGCAUUUGUGUGCAUCCUCUCACGUUCAAUACCACAGAAGUUAAACUCGCGGAGUUCCUCGCCUAUCACAGUCACAUCGGCGUGGAUCGUUUCUACGUGUACGACGCAAAUCUGUCCCCUCAAGCGAAAACCUUCGUGAGACGCGCACCUUACAUUCAACCAGAUCUGAUAACGCACCUACUUCAAUGGAAUGCACCCGUGUCGAUCGGCUCGCUUUCGGAACCGAUCCUUAAAGCAGAUUGUUUGCUGAGAGCAGGACUCGAUUCAAAGUACGUGGCCAUGCUCAGCAUCAACGAAUUCUUCGUCCUCCGUCGGAAGAUGGCCAACAUGACAGCAUUCCUCGCGACCGUGAUUCACGACGACCAGGUGCUGGCUGUGCAUGAACGAACGUUUUGCGACGAAUACCCGGACGACGUCAUCGCCUCGGCGCUCAAGUAUCCAUUCUCGACUUUGCGGAAGACAAAGUUCAACAAAAAUACGAAACAGCAUAGAGUGACGUUCGUUCCAGCGGGCAACCUCACCAAUCUUGCAUCAUUGGCUCAUUCUGGGGUGACCCGCGCCGAGGAAACAAGUUUCGUGAGCGAGGAAACCGCUCACAUGAAUGUGUACACCAGCUGCGCGGGGAUGCACAACUACCUGCGGAAGAAGAACCUCCAAAUCCCGACAGAUACCUUCUUGACUGGUUUCCACGAGCAACUCUUCGGAUCCAAACUGUACAAAUUCACUUUACAUAGAAAAUCUCCUGUAUAUCACUUGAUCGCCUAGCGAACGUUUGCGACUGGUUCGCAGACAGCGAUAGGUAGCGUAAUUUUGUCGGGAGCUCAAAUCCUAUCGAUGAUUGUGAUAGAGUUCGAGGGAAGAAUACCCUAUGUCUCCCGGAAUCGUCCUGAAUCCUGAACUCCUCUGACCCUGGAAAGUUUGCUUCAGGUCGACGCCCUACAGGAAAAUUUUCUACAUUGAUUCAGAGAGAAUUGCUUCUUUCUGCAAUCGCGAAAGUCAAUAAAACAAUGGAGGAG